ACGCGUUGCGUGGCCGCACGGCUGCCCGCUGCCCAUCAGCUCUUCGUGGCAGCCCCAGGCGCGAUGCGGCGCCUGCCGCUCGCGUCGGUGCUGCUCACCGCCCACGCCUUACUGCUGCGCAUCCAGUCACCUGAGGAUAAUGCCUGCGUGCCGUCGACGACAGCAGUAAUAGUGGAGGUCCUCGUCGAGCAUGAUGAUCCGGAUGACGUCGCGGGGCAGCUGCGGGACGCGCGGAUCUGCGUCGCGGGAUCUACGGACGCCGGAGUAAUCACGAGGAGCUGCGCCGUGCCUGGCGGCGGCGAGGCGCAUCUAGAUUUGCCCAAGGGCACGACCGUGAUGCUCGGAGCGACGAUGGAGCUGCGCAACGCGACGCGCGCGACGACGCCGUCGACGACCCGCGUCUCCACAACUACGGACGACACGCACCUAACUUGUGAAGAUGGCAGGGACCCCUUUCCUCUGACCGAAGCGACGCGACGAGCUCUACAACUCAAGGCCCAGGCGUCGGACCGCGGCGCGCUGGAUAUUAACUGGCCGCGGCCGUCGAGUCUGGUGCGGAGCCCGACCGUCGCCGUGUCCAUCAAUAUUGCGUUUCCCAACGGCACGCUCGCGCGACCCGAUGGCACGUCUUGCGUCACCAUGCGGUCGCUUGAUGAUAGAGGGGACUUCGUCGAGUCCUGCGUCGAGGUCGCGGCGGAGACGGAGCACCUCGAGUUCCGCGUGCCCUGGGUCACGAAGACGCGGAUCGGUCUUGCUUUGUCCGUCGACGGGCGGACGUCGCUCCCUCUUGAUUUGACUGUGGACCCAGCCAUGCGACGACCACCGCUCCCCGAAAACUAUGCGGAGGGCUACCCCGAGGGCUGGGUGUUGAAACCGCACGCAUCCUUACAUACACGCCAACUCGUGCUCGUCGUCUGUAGAUACGGCGAGGACCUGGACUGGCUGCGGUACCAGCCGCACCCCGCUGUCGUCUACGAGAAGCACAGCGAUCGCGUCGCCCAAGCGGGUCUGCACGGCGUGCCCCGGAACACGGCGAACGAGGCAUCCGCGUUCCUGAAAUUUAUCGUGGACUACUACGAUAAUUUGCCGGAAGUCAUGGUCUUCUUGCAUGGCCACCGGUACGCCUACCACCAGGAGGACGUGCUGACGUUGCUCGACGCCAUCGAGGACCCGUCGACGCUACCGGGCUACUGCAAUUUGAACCUUGCUGUGUGGGGCCUGAAGGAGGACCCUUCUCGAAAGCCGCUCUACGAAGAACACAAAGCGUGGCUCGAGGCCUGGCUCGGGCCCCUGCCUCCGUUGUUACUAGAUCGGUGCUGCGCGCAGUUUGUCGUGCGACGGGAGCGCGUCCUGCAUCGACCCAAGGCCUUCUUCGAGGAGGCCUUGCAGCACGCGUACUACGACGUGGAGCCUUUACCGGAGGGUGAUUCCGAGGCGAACCGGCGGUUGGGCCUGCUCUUCGAGUGGCUCUGGCACUACCUGUUUGGCGAACCGCCGGUCGCCGCGGAGCUCGGGGACUUCGUGGACGGGAUCGAUACGACGCACCUCGUGUAUCUGGCGGGGGCGCGGCGGCGGCCGAGUUGCGUGGCGGACGGCGCCGGGGCCUAACUGUUGUUGUUGUGGCAC